GUGCCAGCGCAAUCACACCGAGCAGGCAGGCAGGCAGUGUCGAAUAUGGUCAAACCGUCUCUUGCCUUAAUUGGCAUUCUGGCUCUGGUGGCUUCCGCCAAUGCCACAGUGCGAACGAAACGACAGGCAGAGGAGACCAAAAAGGAAGAGUCAUUCGAGAAAGAACUUUGCAAGGACAAAGAUGCCGGUGAAUGGUUUCGGCUAGUGCCCGGCGAGGGUGACAGCUGUCGUGAUGUCAUCCAGUGCACAUCAUCGGGUCUGCAAGCCAUUCGGUGUCCAGCCGGUCUGUACUUCGACAUUGAGAAACAGACGUGCGACUGGAAAGAUGCCGUCAAAAACUGCAAGAGCAAAAACCGAGAGCGAAAGGUCAAGCCACUGUUGAUCACCGAUGAACCCUUGUGUCAGGAUGGCUAUCUGGCGUGCGGCGACGGAACCUGCAUGGAACGGGGGCUGUUCUGUAACGGCGAAAAGGACUGCAAUGACGGUUCGGAUGAGAACUCAUGUGACAUUGAAAGUGAUCCAAACCGUGCGCCCCCAUGCGACCCGGUCGUCUGUGUGCUGCCCGACUGUUUCUGCUCGGAGGACGGUACCACCAUUCCCGGUGAUCUGCCGGCCAAGGACGUCCCGAUGAUGAUUACGAUUACCUUCGACGAUGCCAUCAACAACAACAACAUCGAUCUGUACAAGGAGAUCUUCAACGGCAAACGCAAGAAUCCGAACGGGUGCGACAUCAAGGCGACGUACUUCGUCUCGCACAAGUACUCCAACUAUUCGGCGGUGCAGGAAACCCACCGGAAGGGACACGAAAUUGCAGUGCACUCGAUCACUCACAACGACGAGGAACGCUUCUGGUCCAAUGCAACGGUCGACGAUUGGGCCAAAGAGAUGGCCGGCAUGCGAAUCAUCAUCGAGAAGUUCGCCAACCUAACGGACAAUUCGGUCGUCGGAGUUCGUGCCCCGUAUCUGCGUGUCGGAGGAAACAAUCAGUUCACCAUGAUGGAAGAGCAAGCGUUCCUGUACGAUUCUACCAUCACGGCACCGCUGUCCAACCCACCGCUAUGGCCAUACACGAUGUACUUCCGUAUGCCCCAUCGCUGUCACGGUAAUCUGCAAAACUGCCCAACCCGUUCGCACGCCGUCUGGGAAAUGGUCAUGAACGAACUGGAUCGACGAGAAGAUCCGACCAACGACGAGUACCUUCCUGGUUGCGCUAUGGUCGAUUCCUGCUCCAACAUCCUUACCGGUGAUCAGUUCUACAACUUCCUGAACCACAAUUUCGACCGUCACUACGAGCAGAACCGUGCUCCACUCGGACUGUACUUCCAUGCUGCCUGGUUGAAGAACAAUCCCGAAUUCCUCGAUGCGUUCGUCUACUGGAUUGAUGAAAUUUUGUCCAACCACAACGAUGUCUACUUUGUAACGAUGACACAGGUUAUUCAAUGGAUCCAGAAUCCGCGCACAGUUUCCGAGGUCAAGAACUUCGAACCCUGGAGGGAGAAGUGCGUUGUCGAAGGCAAGCCAGCCUGUUGGGUGCCAAGCUCCUGCAAAUUGACCUCGAAGGAGGUGCCCGGAGAAACCAUCAACCUUCAAACCUGCGUGCGUUGCCCCAACAAUUACCCAUGGGUCAACGAUCCGACCGGUGAUGGAUUCUUCUAAACUUCACCGUAAGCAAUUCAUUUUCUAGCAAAAAAAAAACAAUCUGGCUCGCUGUUUUCCUCUUCAUAGUCACUAUGCACUUUGAUCUGUGUGCGUAAUCCUUCACCUGAAUUGUUUUAAAAUCGUUUUAUCAUCUACAGCCUUG